ACUCAGUCAACGAAGCACAAGUAACCAUCGUCAGUCGCAUUAAGCCUAGUCGCCCGCAUGCAUGGAGAUUGCCGCACAAAUCAAUUAGAGCGUGUUUUAGAACGAACGCUCUAAAUUUAAAUUUGAACGCAUUUUUACGCGGUAAAAUUAUCUGUCAUAGUUAUUUUAAAUUCGUUCGGUUUUCGUUUUUUUAUUGUUCUUGAUUUUAAUGUUAACUAUUUAAUUAUGAAGUCUGGAAAGGAAAAAAUGUUGUUUGUUACAUUUCUCCUAAGUGUUUUAUUAUCAGAGAGCGACGCUUGCUUCACUAGCAAUCAAGUCGAAUUUAAUAAGAUUAAAACAGGAAGUUCCUUUUACCAGGAAUGUAGAUGCGAUGACCCAGGUUCAGGAGUAAAACUCAAAUGGUUAGAUAUAAAUAACCAAGAAAUACUACCAUUGAGACCAGGUACAAAAUCGAACGUGUUUUCUGAAUGGAUGGACAAACAGACUUACAGUGUAUAUAUAUCUAAUAUAAGCAAAUCAAUAUCCGGUGCCUACAAGUGUGUGACCGAUCGAGAUGGUCGACAGUAUACGUUAACGUAUAACGUGGAGGCAUAUGACCCGCCUUACUUCGUGAAUACGAAAGAAACACAAUACGUUGUAAGCGGUAAAGCUGCCUUGAUAACUUGUGAAGCAAGAGGCGAAGCUGAUCUAUUAAUUAGUUGGCAUAAAGAAGAUGAAGGGCUUAUUGAGAUAACAGAUGACGACAAAUACAAAGUAACUCCAGAAGGACUGAUUAUUGACGCUAUAACAAAAGAAGAUAGUGGUGCGUAUAGAUGUACUGCAUCUGAUCUGGAGACUGGGGAAGGUAUCGACAGGGACAUUUAUGUUGAGGUAAUAUCUACUCCGUCGAUAGAAGAACUGGCAGCAUCUCCCAAUGCAACGGUCGCACUUGGUGAAAGCUUGACGAUAGAAUGUUUAGCUACAGGUAUUCCUCAUCCCGAAUACACAUGGAAGAAAAUAUCAGAUAAGGAUUCGUCAGAAACGAACGUGACUUGGCAGCGGGUUAACAGCAGGAUUGUAUUCCAAGAAGUAGAAGCAGAGGAUCGAGGUACAUACGAAUGCACUGCGAGCAAUAGUGCUGGGAGUAAUGCUAUGACUAUUGAUAUUGAGGUAUUGCUACCACCAAAUAUAACAGAGUUUAACAAUGUAACGGCAGUGGAAGGGUCUACGACGCAAUUAGUUUGUAAAGUAUCGGGUCGACCGUUACCGCAUAUUUCUUUAACAUUUUUAGGUGAAGAAUCUGACGAUCAAAGCAUUGUAUGGGACAACAAAAAUUUAAGUGACACAGAAGCGGAAUUCUACUUAUCAUUUCUUAGGGUGAAUCGGUCGCAUGACGGAAUUUAUCUCUGCAAUGCAACUAAUGAAAUUGAUUCAGUGGUAGAAGAAACGUUUUUAUCUGUGCUUUUUGCACCGCACUUCGACCUAUCCUAUGAGAGGGUUUGGACGUGGAAGGACAAAAACAUCAACUUAAGCUGCGAACAUCAAAGCAAUCCGAAAGCUGAAGUUACUUGGAAAUAUCAAGGUAAUGGAAUAUUAGCCGAAGAUCAACUAGAAAUAAAUAAAGUUAUGUCAGAUAAAUUACACAACGACCCUCUUAUAAUUGAAAACAAAACUUGGUACGGAAUUUACGAAUGUACAGCGAAAAACGAGUUCGGCGAAGCUAAGAAAAUAAUUCAUUUGCUAGAAGGAUUUACGCCAGCGGUUAUUAAUAAUGUAACAAUUGUAAAUGUAACAUCAAACUCAGUCACAUUUUCUAUCGAAGGACCAAACGAAUUUAAUGGACCAGAUGUAAUUGGGUUCCAGUCGGAAUACGACGAAGUAGACAAUUAUAAUAUAACUGACAUACAUAUUAAUAGAACUUGGUCUAAAGAUAGACCAUUUAGAUUAGAUAGAUUGAAAGCAAACACAAGUUAUAAUAUAAAGUUUGCAGCAAUCAACGAUGUUGGGAAUGGACCUUGGAGUGAAAUCUAUGACUUUGUGACACUAGAAAAAAUCGAUUCUAGAUCAGUACCAGACGAACCGGUUUGGGAAGAUGAUGUUGUACAGCUGGUUGCAAGCGACAGAGUAUUGAAGUGGAAACCUGCGGAUAGUAGUGAAACUGUGGAAUUUUAUGCUAUUAAAUAUUGCCCGACAUACGAUGGCUUAAUUGAAGAGAAUCUCUGCGAGGAGGAACAAAUUGGACUUACUGAUGAAUUUCAAUUAAACAAAAUGGACGCUAAUACAACUUAUUUCUUUGAAAUAGUAGCGGGAAAUUCUCUUGGAAACUCGUCUGCUGCACUAAUCAUGGUGACUAUACCAGCUGAAGAAGAAUCCUUUUUAUCGUCUGGUGCAAUAAUAGGCAUAGCAAUAUUAGUAGUGUUUCUAUGCAUUGUUACGCUAGACGUAUUACUGUUGCUUUGGCGACAACAAGGGAUUAUAGCAAGCUGCUGUUACAAGAAAAAGAACAAGAGGGAAGUCAGUUUGAAUUCCAGAGACAAAAAAGGUCUCCUGAAAGAUAACACCGAAACUAAUGAUUCGUUAAAGCGACCGAGCAAUGGACACAGAGAGUACGAAUACAACAAGACAACCGGUGUGAUCACUGGAAAACAUUCCGCUGUAUAGAAUAACGUUAAAUUUAAUAUAAUAUAUAUCAUAGUUAAUACACAGUACAAGCUAUCGAAAGUGGUCUCGAGAGAGAUAUUGAAGCGUGAAGGCAUGUUAUGAAACUGGAUGGUGUUAUGCUUGAAUGAGCCAGCAAUGUUAUUUAUAUUGAUUUAAGUAUAAUAUCAGUUGAAUUUUAUGUAACGUAUUAUUAAUAUUUGUACAUUAUUAUUUUGUAGGUUUUGUUAUUAAUAUUUAUUAAAAUGGAUCAGUCUUGUAUUACACUAUCACUUCACAAUGCAUAAGGGACGUAUUUCACUUAUAAUUUAAAUGUUACUAUAUCGGUGUUAGAAAGCGAUGAAAGUGUAGCGUUUUAUUUAAAUUCGUGAA